AUGCAAUCUUCGGAGAAUCGGCCCGUCGAAAUCCACCCAUCCUCAGCCACAGGGGCUCAUCUUUCCAUCACAGCUGAAGAACUGGUCAAUCUGCGCCUCGUAGCCCGAGGGACUUCGAAACCUUCUCUCAUCAUCCGUCAUGGCACUGUGUUGGCUCUUCAUACUGGAGAAUUGCUAGAACGAGAUGUCGUCGUCUCUGGCCGACAUAUCGCGGCCAUUACACCGUGGGAUCAUUUCCCUAGGAUCGACAAUGAAUUGGAAGCUCGAGGCAAAUUUGUUUCCCCGAGUUUUAUAGAUACUCACAUCCAUGUUGAAUACACAAAACUGGUGCCAGGAGAAUUAGCAAGAUUGAGUGUGCCGAGAGGGACUACCACAAUUUUAGCAGAUGCUAACUGUAUUGCAAAUGUGCUUGGUGGUCGAGGCAUGGAUUUCAUGGGAACAACAUCAACUCCGCUUCGUAUAUUCCGUCAAGUAUCACACAAGAUCCCUAUGAGUGGUCCGGAAAUCGAGCUUGGUGGUACAUCUGUAUCAACUGCCGAAAUCUGCGAAAGAGUAUCUUCCACAGAAGCAGCCACGCUCGGAGAGUCCAAUCCUUUCUCCUUAGACCUUGCUUCCGCUCAAAAACAGGCUGCUGCUCUUCGCGCCGGGAAGCGUAUCACAGGCCAUACUGCUUUGCUUGAAAAUGAGCCUCUUUGGGCAUACUGUGCUGGCGGUAUCGGAGACGACCACAACGCACACAAGCCCGCAGAUGUGCUGGAGCGUCUUCGACUAGGGAUAAUGCUGACUGUAAUGUCUGGGAGCAUGAACUCCAACAUCGAGAGCGUCUUCAGCGAUUUCGCUCUAUACAAAGACGGUCUAGACUACAUUUCUUUCUGCGCCGACGACAAGCUUGCUGAAGACUUUGAUGCCACCGGGCACAUUGACCUUCAUGUUCGAGAGGCAAUCCGCCUCCGGGUUCCACCAUUGAAAGCUUACAAGAUGGCGACUUUGAACGCUGCCUCUUAUUAUCGGCUUGAUCACCUGAUUGGCAGUGUCACACCAGCUAAGCUCGCAGACUUACUUAUACUCGAUAACUUGGAAGAUGCUCGCCCCUCAACCGUCAUCGUAAACGGCACCAUAGUCGCCCAAGACAACCUCCCAACCUUCAAAAACACCGACCCCGUCCCCCCCUUCACCCUCAACACCAUCCACCUAGACCCCUACUUCUUCUCUCCCUCAGCCUACCACGUCUUGCCCCGCAAGAAUGACCAAGACACCGCAUGGAUCCAAGGCAUGGAAAUGUUCGACGGCUACUUCAAGCGCGCCUUCCACGCAAAACUCCCCACAUCCCCAACUACUCCCCGUCACCUCCUCUGCAACACCGCAAAAGACAUCCUCAAGGUCGUAGUCAUCGACCGCCACCACGGCACCAAGAGCCGCGGUAUCAGCUACGUCCGGAGCUUUGGCCUCAAGAAAGGCGCGAUCGGGUGCACGACGAAUUGCGAGAACCAGAAUCUUGUCAUCAUUGGCACUUCCGAUGACGAGAUCGCUCACGUGGCGAAGGCGAUCGCGGAGCUUGGUGGGGGCAUGGUCGCGGUUUGUGAAGGAGAGGUGCUGGGUGCUGUACGGCUGGAUGUUGCAGGAUGUAUGUCCAGCGCGCCGUGGGAGAAUGUGAGAGAUGAUUCUAUAGCGUUAGAUAAGAAGGUUAAGGAGGUUCUAGGAGGAAUCUUAGAACAUCCGUUUCUUAUUGCCAGUUUUGUGGGGCUGGUGGCUGUGCCGGAUUUGGGGUUGACUGAGAAGGGGCUGGUGUAUGGGGGUGGUGAGGGUCUUAUGGAUCCGGUGCUUGAGGCUGAGGAGGAUGGCGUUGUGUCUGUUGGUGAGCCUCAAGGGACGGAGACCGCGGCAAGGAUAUGUUGCCGGUGCCCUAGUCAUGCUCAUGAUGUUCAUCGGUUCAUGGACGCAAGUACUUCUGUUAAUGUCUCAUGAAGACGGCUUCUCGUGGAGUAAUGGUCUAUAAGCCCUCUAGUAUCGACAUUCAAAUACAGUAUGAGGUUAAAAAAACGAGUACUUAUACAGUGAAACAGUACGCACCAGCGGUUCGAUUAACGGAAUGAUCUUUGUAAAUUGCAGUUAUUUUCGGAAUCUUCAAUCCCUCAUCAAUAGUUCCAGAUACCCAAAUGCCCUAACGCCUCGCCAUGCAACCCAAGCGAACACCGUUCUAGUCAUACGCCCUCUUCUCAUCGAACUCUCCACUCUGCCUUCCUGUGAGAACGCCCAAUGGCUCUCUCCGUCGUCCCCUCCUU